AUGCCAGUAUGUUUCAGUGUACAUAAAUUGGUAGGAUAUAAUGAGACGCAUAAUAUUAUACUAUAUAGGGAACCCAUAUUAGUAAACAAGUCAUAUGAGAGUAAAUAUAUAAUAUUUUUCCCUGGUGAUUAUUCGAACUUUUUUACGAAUUCUGUAUAUACAUCAUAUAAAAGGGAAUCGAAAAAUGAAUGCACAGAAUAUUGUUACAGUUAUGAAGCCUUAUUUUGGGUAAUAUCUUCUAAGUAUUUGUAUGAUCACAUAAUCUUUAUUAAGCCUUGUAUUUUUAAAAAUUAUUUUUCAAUGUUUGCAAAUUUUUUAAACGAACCUGAUAUUUCGAUCAGCAAGGAUUUGAAAAACGUUAAUACUAAUACAGGAAAAAUACAAUCCAAAAUAGGGAAUGUAAAUCCAAGUGAUCAAAACUGUUCUCAGGAAUGUUAUCAGAAUAAUGCUGCAAAUGUACUAGCUCCAGCAAAAGGAGUAAAACACUUGCUUUGUCUAUUAUUAUCUCUAAAUAAAGAAUUGUCAGGAAGGAACGAAAUGAAUAGUUUUUUUGUAAGUAGUAUCCAAAGUGCAAAUGCUAAUGGAAGAGACAAGUUCAAAUGGGGAGCCCCAUAUGGCUUGGGAAACCAAGACGGCACAGACAAUCAUCCAGGCCAUGAUAAAUCCACAUUCGAAGACACACACGAAUGUAAAUACACAAACGAAGGAACAAAUCACAGACUCGUUCUGAUUGGAUUCAGCAGAGGGUGUUCUGUUUUGUUUUCAAUGAUGCGGGAAGCUAAGGACGGACAUCCUUUUUGGUCCCUCAUCGAUUCUAUAUAUCUUCUAGAUCCUUCAUUCAACAAGAGUAUAUACAAUACUGAUAUUGAAAACAGUGCUUUAGAAGAGAUAUCUGAAUACGGAUUAAAGAUAUUUGUUCAUUCAACGCCACACCAAAUAUCUAAUAAAAAUGAAAUGAACAUACAUAGCGAAUUAUUGAACUUUUUGAAAAAGCUACGACAGCAUCGUAUAUGUACAUUUCCAUAUAUACAUUACACCAGAAAUGAAACUUUUGUGAAUCCCUUAAAUUUGCAUUUUGAAAUUCUAAUGGAUUUCUUGGAUGAUGUAUUCGAAGACCCAAAUGAAUCCUCAUCACUCUCUAAAUCCUGUAAAGAAGAAGGAAUAACCCUUUGCAAAAGCAAGGUAUCUCCCAAAGAUUUCCUCUUCGAUAAUUGGAAAAAAAAUUCCUUUCAUGCGUAA